GAUGGAGUGGCCGAACCAGCAGCAGCAGAACAACCAAACUGAGCAAUUGCAAAUUCAAGUAGAGCAAUUGAGCAACGGCGAUGGAGUUGGCGGGCUGUACGUCAAGGUAAUGACGGAUGAGCAAAUGGAGCUCCUCAGGCACCAGAUCUCUGUCUAUGCUACCAUAUGUGAGCAGCUCGUGGAGAUGCACAAGGCUAUCACCGCCCACCAGGACCUUGCCGGAAUUAGGGUAGGGAACCUUUACUGCGAUCAAAUAAUGGCAUCUGCGGCUGGUCACAAGAUAAGCGCUAGGCAGAGGUGGACGCCCACGCCUGUGCAGCUUCAAAUUCUUGAGCAGAUCUUUGAUGAGGGCAAUGGGACCCCAAGCAAGCAGAAGAUCAAGGAAAUAACUCUCCACCUCACACAGCAUGGCCAAAUUUCAGAAGCAAAUGUUUACAAUUGGUUUCAGAACAGAAGGGCUCGCUCAAAAAGAAAGCAGGCAAAUUCAACACCAAAUAAUCCAGACUCAGAACCAGACACAGAAGUUGAUUCUCCAAAGGACAAAAAGACCAAACCAGAAACCUUCCAAACAUAUGACCAAUUCGUUUCGAAUUCCAACAACGUGUAUUCUCAGACAUCUGAUUUAGGCGCUGAAAUGCUCGCCUUUGAUGCACAAUCAAACAAAGGGGACCCCAUGUUUCAGUCUUUCGGAUCGAGUCAUUUAAGUCAGGUGGCCACAGCACAGAAUCACAGAAAUAAUGAUAAGAUGAACGUACCAGACGGCUACACCCCUUACCAUCCUUGUGAAGGAUAUCCACUUGGUUGAGUGAUUGAUGCCUAACAUUCCACAGAUGUUCUUGAAAACAAUGGUCUGAUCAUCCUGGAGGAAUGUUAACUGAGACAGUAAAUAUUAGAGAGCAUGUAAAAGGAAAUCAAGUUUUGAAGAUGCUUGUUGGGGCAUUUUACAUACGUGGUUACCAUUGAUAUAGCUUACAAUAUAAUAGAAAUCGAACUCCUUGUAUUUGACUUGUACAACCAACUCAUACAGUUCUGUAGUUUGGUCU